CUGCCAUAGCCACAGCCUUGGAAGAGCAUCAAGCCAUUGAAGCUCUCAGUAAAUGUUUGAACAAGUAAGUGAAUGAUCGAAUGAAUAAAUUAAUGAAAUGAGGGGAUGAGUCAGGGAAUAAUUGAGACUCUGACUCCUUCAGGGAUCCUUGAUCCCACAGGCAGGUGUAAGACUCACCACGCCUCUCAUCUUCCGCUCGGGAGCCGCCCCCGCUGUUAGGCUGCGGUCUGCGCUGCGGCCUCCAGAGGGCGCGGAGCGGCGGGGUUUCCCGCACGGAGGGCUUUGCGUAAGGCACCGCGCGGGGCGGGGCCUGCGGUCGGGCUUCCUGCGGCUGGACCCGACUGACAGGCAAGCGGAACGCCAGAGCGGGGCUGGGGCUGUGCGGAGGCGGCCGGCGUGGUUUUGAAAGCGCACAGAGUGAAGAUGGCGGCGGAGCGACAGGAGGCGCUGAGGGAGUUCGUGGCUGUGACAGACGCCGAGGAGGACCGGGCCCGCUUCUUCCUCGAGUCGGCCGGCUGGGACCUGCAGAUUGCACUAGCGAGCUUUUAUGAGGACGGAGGGGAUGAAGACAUUGUGACCAUUUCACAGGCAACCCCAAGUUCAGUGUCCAGAGGCACAGCCCCCAGUGAUAAUAGGGUGACAUCCUUCAGAGACCUCAUUCAUGAUCAAGAUGAGGACGAGGAGGAAGAGGAAGGCCAAAGGUUUUAUGCUGGGGGCUCAGAGAGAAGUGGACAGCAAAUUGUUGGCCCUCCCAGGAAGAAAAGUCCCAACGAGCUGGUGGAUGAUCUCUUUAAAGGUGCCAAGGAGCAUGGAGCCGUAGCUGUAGAGCGAGUGACCAAGAGCCCUGGAGAAACCAGUAAACCGAGACCAUUUGCAGGAGGUGGCUACCGCCUUGGGGCAGCACCAGAGGAAGAGUCUGCCUAUGUGGCAGGAGAAAGGAAACAGCAUUCCAGCCAAGAUGUUCAUGUAGUAUUGAAGCUUUGGAAGAGUGGAUUCAGCCUGGACAAUGGUGAACUCAGAAGCUACCAAGACCCAUCUAAUGCCCAGUUUCUGGAGUCUAUCCGUAGAGGGGAGGUGCCAGCAGAGCUGCGGAGGUUAGCUCACGGUGGGCAGGUGAACUUGGAUAUGGAGGACCAUCGGGACGAGGACUUUGUGAAGCCCAAGGGAGCCUUCAAAGCCUUCACUGGCGAGGGUCAGAAAUUGGGCAGCACUGCACCCCAGGUACUGAAUACCAGCUCUCCAGCCCAACAGGCAGAAAAUGAAGCCAAAGCCAGCUCUUCUAUCUUAAUCAACGAGUCAGAGCCUACCACAAAUAUCCAAAUACGGCUUGCCGACGGCGGGAGGCUGGUGCAGAAAUUCAACCACAGCCACAGGAUCAGCGACAUCCGACUCUUCAUCGUGGACGCCCGGCCGGCCAUGGCUGCUACCAGCUUUGUCCUCAUGACUACCUUCCCGAACAAAGAGCUGGCUGAUGAGAGCCAAACCCUGAAGGAAGCCAACCUGCUCAAUGCUGUCAUCGUGCAGCGGUUAACAUAACCACCCGGCCAGCUGCCGGGCCUCCCUCCUGUGUCUCCCAUGGUCAGCGGCAACGCUCUGUGGGGAUUACCCUUCCUGUCCCCUGUGCACACCCAGCAGUCCAGUGCCACGUCUCCUCCGUAGCUCUGGGUUCUUAGAUCUCGGUUGGACAUUUGUUUUCUCCUUAGUUGCAUUUCCUGGGUUUUUGUGAUGAUCAAUGGACUUUAAUGAAAAAAAAUAAAAACAACCAAAAAAAAUUGAAGGAAUAUCA